AUGGCGGCGGAGAGCGCAGCCCAGCCCAGCGCAGGCUCUUCUCUGGGCUGGGGGUCGGGACCGAGGACCGAGAGCGGCCGCUCGGCUGCUCCUCUCGGGGCCGCCGCGGUUGCUCAGCUAGAGCUUGGGUUCAGCCCAGCGAGUUUGGAGGAGGAGGAGGAAGAGGAGGAGCAGUUGGCCGGCCGUCCCCUUCCAGCCUUUUUCCCAAUGUCUUUUCCUUCUUUUGCAGCUAUGGGCUCCCCUAAGGUCAGCUCAGACCCCUGCAUCCACUUUCUCCUGACCGCUGCCGAGCUCCGGGAGUCUCGCUGUAGCUUCCCUCGCUGCUGCUGCAACUUUGUCCUGUUGACAUUUUGGGGGUUCAUAUGGGAUUUGAAGAUCCCCUGCUCAGUUGAACCCCUUUUUAAACUUCAGAUGUUUGGCACCAUCAGGAAUCCAUUGAGUUCCCAGCCCAGACUCAAAGUCAGUGACUCAACUUGGACAAAAGAAAGGGAAGGGAAAAAAGUGAGGAGAGACACUUCUUUGCAUCACCUGAGCAAGAGCUGGGAAUCCCUAGCUCCCUUCAGGGCUCAGCUCAAGUUCCAUUACCUACAAGAAUGCUCCUGAUUUCCACCGUUGUUAGUGACCCCCAAUAAAUCACUUUGUAUUCGUCUUGUAUUGACUUAUGUGUAUAUUCUAUCCUCUUUCUUCUCCCCCUCCCACCAAUAGAAUAUAAGCUUCUUCAGAAUGGGGAGAUUCACCAAAACAUAGGUAAGAACUGCAUAGUGCUAAGUAGGUGUUGGUAAUUAACUUGGAAGUGAGUUUUUCUCUGUUGUUCUUCCCCAGUCCUUGUAUCUGAAGCACCUUUCAUGUGCCUAUCUAUUACUGGCAUCUAGUUGGUCCAGUGUAUUGAGUGCUAGAACAAGUCAGGAAGACGAGUUCAUAUCAAGUCUUGGACACUUAGUAGCUGUGUGACUGUAGGCAAGUCACUUAACUACUGCCUGCCUCAAUGUCCUCAUCUGUAAAGUGGGAAUAAUGAUAGCACCUACCUCACCAGAUUUUUUGUAAGGCUAAAAUUAGAUACUUUUUACAAAGCACUUUGCAAACCUUAAAGUGCUAUAUAAAUUCUAGCUAUUAUUAUUUACUAUUUCUCUGUGAAAUCCUGUCAAAAGAAUUUCUGCCAGUUUUUGACCUGCUUGUCAUGUCCUCUAAGAAUGUCUAUCAAUUCUCUUCCUUGUGAUGAAAUAAUGGGAUUUCACAAAUACUCAAAGACCCACCUGGAGAUUAAUCU